UGACAAUAAUGUUAGAACCAUCACAUAAUGGUUCAAGCAGAGUAAAUUUUUAGAUGCUGAAAUCAUCUUAUUUUGGGAGAGCAGCUCCUACAAACAAAAGGAGCUGUAAAAAAGUACAAAAGCAUAAAGUGUGAAGAAACAUGAAGAGUUAUUCCUCUAUGUGGUGUGAUGCAUGUGGUGUCAUUGCAUAGCAAUUGCAAACUGGCUUGAGGGAGAAAUCUCCCCGUAGAGACAAUUUGUGGCUGAUGUUGAAAGCUUUUCUCAAAGGAUGAUUCUGCACGCCCCUACUUGCCUCAGUCAGCAUUGCUGUAUUAGUCACAGGGCCUGGCCUGUCAUGUUUAUGCAAUGGAUGGAUGAUGCAAAAAAUGUGUUUUUAAUCACCAAAUACAAAAACACCAGGGUGGAUAUUUUUCGUUUUUGCUGCAUAUAUAAAGUAUAUAUACACCAAGAAUGUGUACAUGUAGUUAAAAACAUACAGGAAGUUUGCUUCUUUGUUCUUGGGCCUUGCUUUGGCACAGAUUUGUGUGCAAGCAUUUUGUGAUAGACCUGUGUUGUCUUGACUUCAGCUAUCCAGCAUGCCGUGUUGCAGAUACCUGAGCAGUUUAAAGUAGGUUUGACAUUGGAAAAUGAAUUUGAAUGGAAUGGAAGGCUGUGCAUAGCUUCAGAAGGUAAAUUUGACUGGAGUUCCUGGUUGGAGGUAUAUUCUGGAGCCAGUGCUUGUGCACUUUUGCUGCUUGAAUGAGACAUCCUGUGCUGCCCUGCUUGUGCUUGUAACCCAACAUGGGCUUUCUGAUGAAUGGCUCAUCCCCAGCCUCCCACACCUCCUGUAUCAUCUACUUUCCAGCUGAAAUCAGUAAUUCGCCGCACCAAAGAGACCCCCAAUGUGCAUCCGAUGUAUAGGGAGGGUAUGUUGCGACGUAAAAUGGGACCGAUCAUUGUGAAUAAGAGCAACUCGCAAGACCGACUCAUUGAGGAGCUGCAGGGGAAACUGGGAAUUGGGCGGGCUGAGCGAAACAUCCGGCGUAAACAGCAGCCAGAUGAUUGGCUGACAGAGGGAGUCAUCGUCAUGUCCAACCCACAGCGAAUGCGGGAAGAAGGGGCCCAACCGUCUGUGGAUAAGAUCGUCCUCCCUCCAGAAUCUCCUGCCCCACAGAGAAAAGUCCUCCCCCCUCCACAAUCUCCCCCUGCACCCAAAAAGCCACCCCCAGUAAAGCAGACUCCUCCACCACUGCCUCCUCCCCCACCGACCCCUCCCCCUCCUCGAGAACCUACUCCUCCACCCCCUAAGGAGCCUACUCCUCCUCCCAAGGAGCCCACGCCUCCCCCCAGGGAACCCACGCCUCCACCUGUCCAGCCCCCUCCAUCACCUAGCCCCCCUCCCAAGCCCAUCACGCCACCUCCGCCUCCCAAGGUCUUUGUGUCAGUGGGUUGUCAGACCGAGUAUGACCCCAUCUUUUCACCAAUCCAGAUCCAGUCCCAGGGAAAGACUUCCCCCACUGGUCCACCCAAAGCAGCCAAUAAACUGGACAACAUGCUGGGAAGCUUGCAGUCUGACCUCAACAGACUCGGAGUCCAGACGGUGGCUAAAGGUGUCUGUGGAGCCUGCAAGAAACCCAUCGUUGGCCAGGUGGUGACUGCCAUGGGCAGAACGUGGCACCCCGAGCACUUUGUGUGCACCCACUGCCAGGAGGAGAUAGGCUCCAGGAACUUCUUUGAGCGAGAAGGACAGCCUUUCUGUGAGAAAGACUACCACAGCCUGUUCUCACCACGAUGCCACUACUGUAAUGGACCCAUACUGGAUAAAGUAGUGACUGCCUUGGACAAGACUUGGCAUCCAGAGCACUUCUUCUGUGCCCAGUGUGGAGCCUUUUUUGGACCGGAAGGUUUCCAUGAGAAGGAUGGAAAGGCAUACUGCAGAAAGGACUACUUUGACAUGUUUGCCCCUAAAUGUGGUGGCUGUGCCCGCGCCAUCCUGGAGAACUACAUCUCUGCCCUCAAUUCACUCUGGCACCCUGAAUGCUUCGUCUGCAGGGAGUGCUUCACACCAUUCAUAAACGGCAGCUUUUUCGAUCACGACGGCCAGCCCUACUGUGAGUCUCACUACCACGAGCGGCGGGGCUCGCUGUGCUCCGGUUGCCAGAAGCCCAUCACCGGCCGCUGCAUCACAGCCAUGGGCAAGAAGUUCCACCCAGAGCACUUUGUGUGUGCUUUCUGUCUCAAGCAGCUGAACAAAGGCACUUUCAAGGAGCAGAAUGAAAAGCCCUACUGCCAAAGCUGCUUUAUUAAACUCUUCAGCUAGGAAGUGCGUUUGUGUAUAAAUGUCUGUGUGCACACAUCUGCCUGUUAUUUACAUGUGCGAAUGCACGUGUGGAUGUGUGUGCACUCACAUGUCUAGCAUGUCUGAGUCAAUGAAUUUUUUUUUUUUUUCUUUGAGACUAAGGGUGUUGAUGCACUGGGGGAUCAGAUCAUGAGGGUAACAAAUGUCUCUGAUUAUUAUUGACCCUUGACACUGAAGGGACUGGCUGUCCAACCUCUCAGGCUUGGCAUUUUACACUUUUGCUAAAGACAUUUUUAACAGCCCAAAGAGAUUUUUAUUUGGAGUGUGCGGCAAAGAAAAUAUGUUAAUUUCCCCUUUGUGUGUGUGUACAUAUAUAAGCAGAUGAUUGUUCAAUUACAAGCCCUGAUUUGUAAAUGUUUUUAUUCCCCCCCUCCAUAGCAGGGCAAGACCUUGCACCAUAUGGUGGUUUUAUGCAGAUAUGAAACAGCUGCGUGAUUGCAUGGACCAUGGAGAAUUGACUUAAGCAGUUUUAAAAUAUGUUGAGUGUUGAAUACCUUGUGCUUGGCCAAUGAGUGUUGGUAUAAUCUAUGAAAAGAUGUAUUUUUCUAGCUUUGGAAACUAUUAAGGUGCCAUCUAAAAAAAAACAGUGAAAACACUCAAUAUGUAUGCGCACAGACACACCGAACUCCUCCUCCCUCUUCACUUCAUUUCAAACCUGUUGCACACUCCACACCACUGAUCUCUUGAUGAGACUUUCUUAAGAUGCAUUUUAUAGGUGUCACCAAGAUAUUAGCUAUUCCUUACUUUUAUUUUUACUGUUUUACUACAAAAAUGAACCCAGAUUAUAUUUCAAUGGAAGUAUGCAUUGCAUUCACCUCUUAUAACUCCAAUCAAGUAUUAGAUAGUAACCAUAUUAAUUUUUUUUCCCCUGUAGCAACUCUGUUUUUACUUUCUUACUACAGAGUAUGCAUUGUGUCAUUGACAUUAACUUAGGUCAAUAAGAAUAAAAUAUGUACUGUUGUUAUUAAUGUUGAACAUGGUGCAAUUUUAAAGGAGCCAAAACAAAGUUGAUUGUCUUUACUCCAGUUUUAACAAUCAGGAGAUUUUACUGCUGUAUGUACCUACACAGAAUUAAUCUGAACUGUUAAAUUCAGAAUAAAUAAUGCCUCAGUUAAACAUUUUUCCAUGUUUUACUAUUGCAACUUUAUCACUAUUAAAAUGUAUUAAUAUGGCUUUUUAAAGAUUUUAAAAUAUGGUUGUGCAUUGGGUUUAGAAGCAUGCUUUUGUUUUUUCAGCACUCGCUGCCAGUUGCUGUUACAAUCAGAAUCUAAAUUUAUAUACAUGUAAUAUGCUCAACUUUGUGACAGAACUGUGUUUUGUCGCUGUUUUGAUGAAAAAUAUAUAUAUUUUUGAGCAGUUUGGGCUCACAUUGAUAUGCAAAGAGCUGGCUCUAUUGGCAUGUAGGCUAACAGUAGUUUACUCUGCUCUCACACACAACACGUACCAGCUUGGGUUCCAGUGUGUGAGACUUGGAAGAAACAGCAGCCCCUUUUAUUUUUGUUAUGAAGUUGAAAUCAGCGCUUGGUUUACUGAUGGAAGCUGGAUGUCAGUGUUAGCUGGUCAGGAAUCAGAAUACAACACCAAGCCAGGGCCAAGCCUUUAGCAGAUAAUGACUAAUUUCAUGUUUUUAUUUUACUUCCAGCUCUGUUUUGCCACAUAUGAGACAAUGUGUGAUUUUAUGUUUUUAUUUUGCUUUUUUCAGUAUUGCUUGUCUUUGAUUUUAAUAUGAGGAGUGACUAGGCAGUAUCCACAAUAAGAUUAUUUUUACUUUGAGAUUUUUGCUCUUGUGCCAAACGUGUCAAUGCAAUAAGGUCUUAUACACUGUGGAGUUCCCAACCUUUCCUGUGAUGUGACUCUAUAUGGGCUGAGCUCUGGGAGAGGCUCCAUCUGCUGUGGUUCAUCUUAACUCCAAACACCCAAAGAUUUACACUGUAUCAGACAAGCCAAGGAGAAACCUUCUGUACUGAGUCAUUCAGCAGACAGUAUAGUGUACACUUGUAGCAGAUUCAGAUUUACAGGAAGUAGCAGGGGGAAAUGAACAGGAUUUGCAAGUUAAUUUUGCCCCAUUUAUCUGCUUACACUUUUUGCUUCUGUGAAAGAAAUCAAAACAUUUUACUGUUAAUGAGAUUAAAUGAAUUUUUGCUUUGUAAAUGGAAAUGUUCAUGUGAUCUUCUACCAUUUGAAUUUUCUCAUGAGCCACACAUUUUACUGGCUCUUUGUUUGGGUGGGGUGUAAGCAUAUGUGGGUCCUGAUUACUGACUGAUUAUUGUAACUGCUGCAAAUGAAAUAAAUACUUUAUUUCUGCCA